GAAUGUACUGUACAGAGGCCAGCUCAACCGAUCCAGGAGACAUACUCACCGCCUUAGGCAGAAUGAAGCUUCUCCGUCAUGUCUCCGCCUAUCAAUUAUCGCAGAGGGACAAUCCAUCUAUCAUCUAUCACGUUGCGGCCAUCAUAGAUCCUCCACCACAAUUUGGAAGAGGGCGUAAUUUGUGAUGUCCCUAUUUUGAAUGGAAUUAAUAAAUGCGUGUGUAUAAGUGAAUUCCACUCAAUAUGGAGCCAAAGACCUCCAGACAUCGUCGCAACAUCUCCAGCAGAUCUUCUCGUCCUCGCAGUUCGACCAAAGGCCCCCUGGAAGCCACGGACGAUCCUCUUAGCGGAGCAGAAAGUCCCAACUCUCCUCUCCGGUCUCGUAUUCAAUCUCCGACCAGCCCUGAGCCUUCCAGAAGCCCCCUGGGCCCGUUGGAUAACUAUGAUUCGAUUCAAACACAGCUUGACCAUAUACUGAAGGAAGAUGUCAGCGCACUGAAAAAGGACCUCUCCUUUUUGCAACGAGCGGAAAUUUACCAUCCUCUCUCACAACUCGAGAUUCCUCCCGCCUUUCGCGCAGCUUUUACCACACCUUCUCCCGGCGAAGACUUGCCCGCUUUGCUCAAGACCCUUGACAAGCUAUUGAACGAAGGCCACUUUCUCCUUGCUGCACAUCUGUGCGGCACGUUGUUGACAUCCCAUUUUGUUUCGCCGACAGAUAGCAAUACCAUUUUUACGCUAUUUUACAUACGCUUGGCAUGUUUGGAACUGACGGGCAACGGUAUUCUCGCGGCCCAGGAGUCUAAGGCGUUGGAGGACCUUAAUUCUUCUUUCUACUAUGUCAGCCCAGAUCUUGAGAUCACAGGCCAGCCACGCGAUCAGACACAGAAGCCUCGUCCAAGGCAUAUCGCACCAUGGCCGCUGCGCGUGCUCGCAGUCAGACUGCAGAGCAUUGGAUUUGGAGACGCUCGCCGGGGCAUUGCAGGCCUUUACGAGAUCGGUCUGGAGGCACGACAGGAGAUUAUGCGCCCAGGAAUAGAAAAAGCCGAGAAGCAGGUCUGGAAAGAUCGAUUGGCUGAUUUAGGUCUGAGGAGCGUGAAUGCGCUCAUCGAAAUGGGCGACUUGGAUGCCGCUCGACGUUCACUAGAGAGUCUGAAAGGGCCCGGGCCUGAGAGUGAUACCGAGAAACUGAGAAGAGCUUUCCUGAACAUACGAAUUGGCGAUGUCGGGACCGCGAGGGACAUUCUGAAUGAGUCGACCCAACUUGGUGAAGGGAUUCUGAACCCUCUGCUAGACAUGGCGGAAGGUCGCUACGACGACGCCGUGGCUGGGUGGAAGUCUCUGCUAGAGAAAAGCACUAGCAAGGACCAGGAAGCCAUGUUCACAAACAACCUGGCAGUUUGUCUACUCUAUAUUGGGAAGCUGAACGAGUCCCGCGGCCUUCUCGAGUCCCUAAUUUCUGGCAACAAUUCCUUCCAGAGCCUGACAUUUAAUCUAGCCACGAUCUACGAACUCUGCUCUGACAAGUCGCGCAACCUCAAGCUGCGCCUGGCAGAUGAGGUUGCGAAACAGCCUCACACGGGGGAUACCAACAUUGACAGACCAAACGCAGACUUCAAGCUCUGAGACACACGGACGUCAGUAGAUAUGGCGAGUCUCGGGACGAUGUGUUAAGAAUCUCAGUUCAUGAUGAAAGCAUAAUGAUGUACGAUUAACGAUCCGCAGAAACUCCAGGCGCUAGCCCUCAAGUUUGAA